CGGGGGGCGGCGGCGGCGGCGGCGGCGACCCGCGGCGGGGCCCGGGGCAGCGGCGGGAGCCGGGAGCGGCGGCGGCCGCAGGUGAGAGCGGAGCCGCCGAGCGCAGCGGGCCGGGGCUCGGCCGGCGCCGGGAGCGGCGGGCCCGGCCUGCCCCGGUGCCUUCGGUGCGGCCGCGGCGGAGAGCGGGGGGGUCUGGCGGGUCCCGAAAUGCCGACUGAGUAUUUCAUGUCAGUAGGAGCGCGGGAGGGGUGCAGGCCCUCCGCGCCUCGGCCGUCGGCGGCGCGCCCGGGGAGGUCCCGCGUGUGUCCGCACGCGUCCGCCCCUGGCACGGUGUUGUAGCGUUCGGCGAUUAACUCUGUGAACGCCUCUUUUUCUUCUGCAGUCUUUCCGUAGCGUGUGGACCGCUCUGGAUGUGGAAUAAGAACUCGGGAGGCAGUUUACCCUUAGGUUUAUCUGAAAAAGCCGAGCACAUUUCGGUGUGGGAGGGAGGGCAGCAGCCCCGCGCUGGGCCGGCCCUGCCCUGACGGCUGCUUAGGUGGAAUCCUCCCCCCGUGCCUCUCAUUUCCACUGCCUUGGGACACAGAUCGCCUGCCUUCCUGAAAUAUUGCCUCUUAGCUGCAGCUAUAAUAAACCGCACUAGUCCAGGCUGUGUUUUUCCCACACUCGCAUUAUUGUUUCAGAAGGACUGAGUGAUGUGCCAGCAAAACGUAGUCCCCAUCCCUGGUCAUACACCCACAAAAGCAUUUAAUGUGUGGAGAGCUCAGAGAAGUAGUCUGUCUGUAGAACAAAGUCUUAGAACAGUGGAGUAAUGACGUUGCACGCUGGUUCGGUGUGCAGUGUCACCAGCUUUAUCUUUAUUUGCUUAGUCUAUGUUAGGCUAUUUUCAGGAAAGGAAUUCGUGUUUGCUCCCACACCAUGGAGCCUUGCAGUUCUGCCCAGCGUUUACAGUCUGUGCUGGAGAGAGAGUUGCUUUCUCACAGGAACGAUGUUACUGUUGCAUGUAACAAAAUGUAUUUUGUAGCCAAAACUGUCAAUUUUUGAGGGAUGGACUGGGAUUUGGAUAUUUGUAGUUAUUGUGUAAAGAACAGGAAGGUAACGAACAACACUUUUUUUUCCUUCACAUUUGGUUUUUUUAAUCUUUUCAACAUCCCCUUGAUGAAGGAAACAAGACUUGUAAGGUGAUUUAUAAAAAGGUUAUUUUAAAAUGUCCUUUUAGCUGUUAAACAAGGAGAUAGUCUCUUCACUAUAGUGUAAUCACUGUUGUUGCCUGCUUUUUGCAGUUUGUAACUGAUUUUAAUUCACGAGGCACAGUUAUUAUCAAAAAGGCCCAGGUCCCUUUUUUCAUAGAAUUGUUUGAUGUGAUGGUUUGGGCUGGAAGGGACCUCUAAAGAUCACUUAGUCCCAACCCUCCUGCUGUGGACAGGGACACCUUCCACUAGACCCGGUUCUUCUAAGCUCUGUCCCACCUGACCUUGAACAUUUCCAAUGAUGAGACAUCCACAGCUUCCUUGAGCAACCUCUCCUAGUGUCUCACCAUCCUGAUUGUACAGAAAUUCUUCUUUUGAUCGAAUCUAAAUCUGCCCUCUUUAAAUUUAAAACCACUGCACAUGGUACCAUCACUACAGAUGCCAGUAGAAGGUCUCUCUUCCUCAUAAGCCUUUUUAAGGGUUUUACUGAAAGACUGCAGUAAGAGAGAGCUCUUCUCCCCAGAGCCUGCUCUUCUCCAGGCUGAACAAUCCCAGCUCUCACAGCCUUUCUUCAUAGGAGAGGCGAUCUGGACUCGCUCCAGCAGGUCCACAUCAUUACUCAGUUCCCAGCACUUCAGGUGGGAUGUCACCAGAGCAGACUGGAGGGGCAGAAUCCAGAUCCCACAGUCUGUGUCUCUUUGCUGAAGAUAAUAAACAGCAGGUUUAUUAAUAAAAAUAAUAAUAAUAAAUAGGUUUGUGCUUGAUACAUUGAGCUGAAGCCGUUUGGAUACGGCCAUCCAGCCAGAUCCUUGGGCAUUUAAGUUUUAUUUCAAGCCCAUAUGUUUCUAAUCCUCCAUCUUCUCCUUAUUUUCUUUCUGCCCUGCCUAGGUCAUUGUAGUUUUCAUAGGCCAAUUUCAUUCCCUGGAAUAGCAGAAAAACUGGUGCUUUACUAAGUUUUCUGAUGUUUUGUGAGUUCAUUUAGUUAAUAAAAAGUCUGAUAGGACAUGAGCUCAAGGAAAGUGGGCAGAAGAGAAAUAAAAGAGAGAAGUGAUGCCCCUGUUCUGCAGCAGCAAGUUGUUAGAUCAACUCAUCUACUCAAGGAAGUGCGGCCACAGCAUAACGAUAAUUAAGUCACAUCCAUAGCCUAUUUUGCAUUACAUUUUUCAAUAUUCAGACUUGAAGAAGGAAAGUAGCAUUAAUUGUUUAGAACAUGACCUAGUAAGGUUGAGUGUGCGUUCCUGUGUACUUUCCCAUCUGUGCUGCAGUUAUUGCACCUGGCUACAGUGCAGUAGUUCAGUUGUUGCAGUGCUGAAUGCAGCAGUCUUUUACUUGGCUGUUUUUCUUGGCGCUGUUGAUCUGAUGCCCAGUGUUUGUACAUUGUGCAAAGAUCACCAAUACCUUCCUCUGCUGUUAACAACUUUGAAGAGUACAGGCCUCUUGGUACCACUCUGCACAUCUAGUACUGGCAGACCCAUUUUAUUUUUUUGUUGUGUUUGUCUUUGAACUAGAAGGAUAAUAUUUUUUUUAUGUUAUUGUAUUUGUAAGAGAAAUUGAAGUCUUUAUUUCAAUAUUGUAGUACCAUUGGCUGGGUGAUUAUACCUGGGGGAGGUAUUGUAGAUCUCAGAAUAUCUUAUACAUCUUGGUAUUUAAGCUUUAAAAAGAGCAGAAGUAACAGAAACUGAACACAACCAAAAAAAACCCACAAGAAGUUGCUUUCCUUUUGAGAUUGGGUUAACAGGGCCUUGCAAAGAAAUAAAUAUGUUUUAUAAAACCAAGGGGCAUGCUUAAAAUGGAAUGACCUGCAGGCUCUUAAUGUUACUAACCUUUUCAGUGUGUGUUGAAUUUUUGUGGUGAGAAAUUUCUCAGGAGUUUUUGUCAUGUGAUCUGUUUUUAUUUACUCUGGAGCACUGAGACUGCUCCCUGCCAAGGAAUUGACUAAAAGUCCCUUGAAAGAAAAAGUUAUGUCUUUUAGUAUUAUAUAUCCUGUGAUAAAGGUUAUUAUCUGUACAACUUGUAUAAAGCAAGUCAACUUCUAGAAUAAAUAUAUGAUAACAGAGUUGAGUUGCAGUGUGAUAGCACUGUUGCCGCUGGGUGAGCAGUCGGGGUGCUUGUCUUUCCUUUAUACUCCAACAAGCUUGUAUACCUUGAGCUAAUUCAUUAAUUUUCACCUUGCAUGAGCCCUGGAUCGUGCUGUUUGCUUGUGCACCCUACAACAUUGCUUUGAAAGCUAAACGUGCUCUAAGGCACAUGGAUUGAUAUUUUUAUAUUCUUGCCUUCUAUUGCAACCAUUCGUUUCAUCAGUCAGGGAAUACGAUCUCUACAUGCUGCAGCCUGAUAAUGCUGAAAAGUGCUGCUGGACACACUGAAAGUGUCAGUAGGAUAUCAUCUCAUUUUGACCCACUCUUAAGUUGCUGUGGGGAUCUGAUUUGAAAUCUGUGGUGUUGUGAGUGGUUGUGUUUUUCUGUUGUGCUUUUUAAAUUCCUGCUCUGUUGGUUUUUAGCAUUCCAUGGGGUUCUCUAGGGUCUCUCCUUCCCAAAUAUUAUAAGUAGGUUUAGGUUGAACUAGUAUUUACACUGAUCUCAAGAAUGCCUGGAGAAUUUUUUUGUAAGGAGUUACUGCUGUGCUGUAUAAAAAGGUUGAAAGGACAUCAUGGUGUGGGAGAGAAUCUUUUUCAGUGAAGUAAUAAAAAGGGAAGAGUUGUGGCUGAAGAAAAGAUACUGCAUUGGUGACUUUGCAAUUCAACAACUUCCUCGUGCAUCUUGAAGAGAUAUAUGUUUAUUCUAGUUAGAUUCAAUUCAACAGCAGCAGGAUUGGGUGCUGUAGUUCUUAAUUUAAAGUUUUGAGUUCACAGUCUGCACUAGAACAAAAAAAAAAAAAGUAUUUUCAGUUUAGGAAAUACUCUUCUGAAUUAAUUUCCACAAAUUAUGCAAGCUGCAUUGUUGUUGGUAUUUUUUCCCCAAACUUCAGUCUAAUUUUUCUUUAAUUGUUUUAUUCACUUCUUAUUUUUCAGGAGUCUUUGAAAAAUCCUUAGUGGUCAUGACAUUGUUACAAGUGACAUAAAUUAGCCAGUGGCUCAGAAUGAUGGAUACCCAGAAGACUACAAAUGGUUUGCAAGUGAUUGGAGAAGGGACUGGUAUAGGGAAAUCGACACUCCACAUGGUGGGGUAUUUGGGAAAAAACUGUGAUCCUGCAGAAACAACUGCACAUGAGUAUUGUCCAGUCUGCAAAGAGAAGGGUCAGAUCCAAGGUUUACGGACUUACCGCCUUAAUUUUCAGGAGUCCAUUUUCCUUUGUGAAAAUCCUCAGUGUAUCUACCCACUUGGUUAUAAACCAUUAAACAGCAUAAUCACUUCUACUGGUUCAGAAAAUCAUCAAGUUCCAUCUACUCACAAGAAAAGGAAAUUGGGUGAUACCAGUGACUUUUCUGCUGUUGAAUCAGAUCCAAAAAAAGCAAGAACUAAUAAUGUGCUCAAUGUUGAGCAUACCAUUAAUGCAGACUCCAUUGUGAAAAGCUACCAGAACAGUUUGUGUAUUCCCAAGGCAAGCCUAGGUGAUGUAUUACAAAAUGACCAGCAAAACCCUGGCAACCAUGUGGGGUCCAGCAUGCAGAAGGUGGAUUUUGAAACAACCACCAAGACCAACAACUACCAAGAAAGUCCACCAAAGACUUCUAGUCUCAAAACAGAACUAUUGCCAAAUUCUGAGCUUUUAUCAACAGCAUCUGAAAUUCCACUCAAAGAGAAGAAAGAUUCCAAUAAUAACAGAGAUUUGUGUCUUCAGUGGAGAAGCACACAUAAUCUCUGCUGGUUAGAUUGUAUUUUGUCAGCACUGGUACACUUAGAAACAUUAAAAUCUGCUCUAGCAGAGGAACAUAACUAUGGAAAAUGUUUACUCCAGAAACUUGUAACAAAGUAUAAUCAAGCAUCUGUUCUUCUGAAUACCUGUAAAAGGAGUAAAGUAAAAGAUGUUCUUCCAAAAGCAGAAUCUCAGCUCAAUGAAAUCAGAAACAUAAUGUUUACAGAACUUCAGCCUCAGCUGAGGUGUGAAUCGGGUAAUGUGGAGAAUCCAGUGUUUGCACUUCAGCUACUCUUACAAGUGGAUCAACAAGCAGAGAAACUAUUCUUGUAUUCGUUUUCAUGGAAGUUUGAAUGUGUAAAUUGUGGCCACAAAUAUCAGGACCGAUUGAAGAAAACACUAACAACAUUUACAAAUGUAAUCCCUGAUUGGCAUCCACUUAACGCUGUUCACAUUGGACCAUGUAAUAGCUGUGGUAAUACAUCUCAAAGACAACAGAUGAUCUUGGAAAAACUGCCCUCAAUAUUAACAUUACAUUUUGUGGAAGGCUUGCCACAUAACAACCUGAAGAAAUAUUCAUUUCAAUUUGAGAAAGAUACCUACCAAAUAACAUCUGUUGUUCAGUACCAAAAGGAUAAGAAGCAUUUCAUAAGCUGGUCUUUGAAUGCUGACGGAACUUGGCUUGAGUGUGAUGAUUUGAAGGGUCCAUAUUGCAAGACGCAUAAAAGACUUGAAGUUCCUCCUUCUGAGAUUCAUAUUGUUAUCUGGGAAAAGAAAGCAUCCCAUGUGCCAGAAGAAGUGAAUUCACAGUUCCAAAGUAAAAAUAGUGAAGAUUUUCCUCUUAAUAAAGUACAUUCAAAUUCCAGAGUGCUGCAUUGUGGUUUUGAGAACACUGUCAGCAAAACACCUGCAGAACACCACAAAGAGGAUUCUCUGCAGACUCCAGAGAAGAAACAGCAGCAAGUGGCUGAGGACCAAAGUAUUGUUCAUCAUGGUUCAGAAAAUCUGGCAGAUGAUGAUCUUGUAGCACUGAUGCUUGAAGAAGUUCCAGUUGACUCGGAAGAUAAAUCACUUCCUAAUGGACAGAUGGUGGGAAAGAACCUUCUUGAUGGAUGGGGCACACCACAACAGCAGGAACCAGCUUUUUCACUUAGCACUCCAUAUACAGGAGAGUUUCCUGGAACAAGUCUAGCUGUGAACAAUAAAUUCAUGUUACAUGAAAAUUCCAGUAUUAGCUUACCUGUAGAAGAGUUGAACCCAGUAAAUAUUACUCCUCCUGUGCCCAGAAAACGUGACCCUGAUUCAUCUGACUCAUCACCUUGUCAGUUAAAUGACAGAGCUAAUUCAGCUACCAGAGAACAUGGAUUAAAUUCAGAACUACUGCUAAACAAGAAGUUUUUAGCGGUAGAAAAUACUAUACAAAAAUCACUCGACCUGAAAGAUGAAAGCAAAACUGUAGUUAAUUCUAAAGCGGGCAGUUCUUCUGGUGCCAGUAAUUCAGCUCAGCCCUCACACAAAGACCAAAAAGGAGGAUUUGUAGGAAGCUGGGUAAAGAAAUUAUUAAGCAAGAAUACUUCUUUUAUGCCUUCAAGUGCCUCAGCUCUCAAGAAUGAGAGAAAUUGCAAAACUCCCUCAGUGCAAAAAGUAAGUGACGUUCGUCUGCCAAUUAAGGGCGCAAGUAACUUUGGUGGAUUCCAAAGCAGAGGUACAAAGAAAACAACUGAGACCCCAAAGUUACUGGCUUCUCAGAGUAAUAAUACUCAUCCUUUGUCAAAUUUCAAAGGAUUUUCUCCAAGCACUUGUCUUCCAACAGCGAAUCAUACCACUACUGUAGGUCCAACUUGGACUAAGUCAGAAAGUAGGUUGGGUACCCCAGGUAAAGUGACUCAGUUCCCUUCACCUGGUUAUAACUCUGGUAAGGCAGAAGAGUCAGACAGUGACAAAACAAAAAAACUUCGCCUAAAAUUGUUAAAAAAACUUAAUGCUAAAAAGAAGAAGUUGGCUUCCCUGGAUAGAUUAGUGGAACAGAUGAAACAGGAAAAACCUGUGAGUGGAGACACAAGCACCCCAUCACAGACUGAAUCUCAAAAUGACAGUGAAUUAUUGCAGAGCUUUUUGAGGGAGCUGCAGUAUCAGAUUGAUGUCACAGGUAAUGGAUCUGAGUUUAAUGCAAGCGCUGUGCCAGGGUGCACUGGCCGUGAUAAUACUGAUGAAAUACUGGCGGAGUUACUGUCCCCUACUUCGACUGCUGCUUCCAUGGAGGCUCCGAAGAGGGAGGAUGAGUGGAUGUACAUGGAAAUGGUGCACAGCGGGGUGGCAGCGGCCGUGCCCAGUGAGAGCAGCAGUGUGCCACAGGCAGCAGUGACAAGUCAGGACCGCAGUUACCAUAGUCCUGUAAAGGACGCUAACUCAGAGCUUGAUGCAAUAAACAAACAGUGCGUGAAAAAACUUUCUUUCGAAAGUCCUACAAGAAAUGAUAUUCUUGAAGACCUGUUCUCAAUUUCAGCACCAAGCUCAAUGGCAGGUGACAUAGAUUUACCUCAUUUUGAUGAAACUCUGUUUGAAACUUGGUAAAUACUCAGUUUCUCGGGGUUUUUUUCAGUAUUAUGUAUAUUUUGAAACAAAGCACUACUAAAUUAUAUUUUAUAACUAGUUUAAUUGCACACUGGCUGUACUUGAACAGUUUACAUGUGAGGGGGUUUUUUAAUAUUGUAACAAGCAAAUCAAGGUUUAAUGAAUUUUAUUUUUCUGAGAAGCGGUUAUUGUAGCUGUUAGAUAUGAUGAUGAAUUUUAAUUAAAAGCUCCUAUGAGUCUUAAUUUUUGCUGCUUUUAAUAUGAAAAACUUCCAUACUCUAGUGAGCUUGAAAAACAAUUAGGUUCUGUAGUCUUGAUGAUGUAAGAAAUACUAAUCAUGUAGUAGCGAUUGUACAGGACCAUUUAACUCCUGACAUUAUUUUGCCAACAUUUAAAGAAAAAUUUUAAAAAAUACCUUCUAUAAUUAGAGAAUUUUGCAUCUUCUGAUAUGAAGAUCAUUUGUAACAUAAACUUGGGGCUGGCAUUCUGCUAGGCUGGCAUUGAAUUCCUUACAGAAUUACUGUUCAAGCUCCUGCUGAUAUAGACACAUCCCUUGGAUCCAAGAAAAGCUGGAUAUAUGGUAGAAAUUUUCCUAUUUAAAGUUACAGCACCUACUGAGUUUUUAUCCUGGGCAACUGCAAAUACAACAUGGUAGAAUAUCUUCUGAGUCAGGUUUUUUUUUAAGUAGAGUUAGUAACAUUCAGUCCAACCUUUUCAUCACUAAGAAAGAAUAUCAGAUGUAUAUGUUAGUUUUUCAUAGCUGCAAAAACAUUUAAUAAAGGAAAGGUUUCUUAGAAAUUAUUUAACUGUGAGUGAAUGCCUAUUACUGUUGUCACUUGGAGUUUUUCAUGACUCAGGCAGUGCACCCCCGACCAUAUGUGAGAUGCCAAGGAGAGGCAAGGUCAGUAGGAAGAAAGUAAUGGAAAAAUGUGGCAAGACAGCAGUGACUAAGCAGAGGGAUUCACACCCUGGUGUUUCUGGAUAUGUAUAGCUUUCAUUUUACUAGAUUGGACUCUUUUUUAAAUGCAUAGACACAAAGCUGAGGGCAUUAAAUGCCAAGUUAGAUUAGCUGUACAUUUUUCUUGUUCUUGGAAAUAAGAAGGAUUUUGUCAGCAGGUCUUUAUAACAGACAUGUUUAGAUGUGUUCUGCAUUUUUUUAUUGUUUUAGAUCCCAAGUUCAAAGCAUUAAAUGCUCCGUCUUACUUUUCCAGUAGAUCCGGUUGAACAUAAUGCUAUUACAAGGCAUGGCUACAGAUUCUAAUGGUUUUGGAUUGUUUGAACUAGGUUUUAAAAGCUUUUGAAAAACUAUCAGUGGCCCUGAAAUCGCCAUGUAAACUUAUUUCCGCUGCAAUUGGGUACAUUGUUAUCAACUGGUACUUCCAGUUGAUGUGAAUGUUUUCAUUUUUGAAAUUUAAGUUAUUGUGAAGCACUUGAGCUUCUCCUUUGUUUUAAAUACUGUGGUAAUGUUACAAUAGAAAACAAAUGAAUGAAUUCUGAAUGUUGAGGGCUGGUGUACUGCUUGUGAAAUGUUUGCCCAUUUGUGAAUUCCCUAAUUAAAACAAAACAAAAAAGCUGACCAAAA